CGGCUCCGCACACAGUCAAUUUUGGUGAAAUUUCGCAUCUUCCGCAACUUCACACACAACCCACCCACGUCGACCCAUCAACUCGAUCAGUCGCGACAAUGGAUUCCUCUAAGGCCCCCGUCAAGCUCGUCAAGGUCACCCGCGUCCUCGGCCGUACCGGCUCUCGCGGUGGUGUUACCCAGGUCCGCGUCGAGUUCAUGGACGACCAGACCCGCUCCAUCAUCCGUAACGUCAAGGGCCCUGUCCGUGAGGACGACAUCCUUGUCCUUCUCGAGUCCGAGCGUGAGGCCCGCCGUCUCCGUUAAGAAGUUCGAUGUGACGAAAAAGGGAGGAAUGAGAAUUACAGCGCGACCUCGGUUUUGGCCUGUCUGGACGAGGAACGAUUACAUCAUGACUUGCGGCCAGGGAAUUACGGAACAUUCUGGGUUGGGAGUUCGGUAGAACGGCAUUGCCAUGAUUAUUUCCUCCCCAAAAAUCUGCUCGGCGCAGACGUUGCAUUGAUUCUGGACCGCUCCAUUUCGCUGCAAUCGUGUUCUUUCUCGUGAAGGAAAAUGGGUGAUGCACUUGGGAUAUUCUCUUGGGGGCUCAGGAGGACGGAGGUUUUCAGCACAACACAAAGUCAGGCGGGCAUGGACUUGAGGAUCUCUACAGGCAGCUCCCUCUCGAAUUUUCGAGGCCUCUGAGGUCCUGCUCCAGCGCCAACAGUGGCAGUCGAGAUCCGACUCCGAUCAGCAAUAACGCCUAUUCACGCGCCCGUUAGUCAAGCAAUGCCAUGCCCUCAGGCAACGUCAGCUCCAA